UGAGCGAAGAUGGCGGAUUCGGUGGCAGCUGGGCUGGGAGAGGAAAAGGAGACGGAAAACGAGGACAAGGAGAAGGAGAAACUAACAGGGAGCAGCAAAACAAAGUCGGAGAAAAACAGCACCGCGUCGGAGGUCACGGAAACUCUCGGGUUUUAUGAGAGAAACGCUGGCAAGAAAGACAAACAGAGGAAUCUCUCUGAUCUCUCGCUGGUUCGUUUCAUUAGCGCCGAGCUGACGAGGGGGUACUUUCUGGAACACAAUGAGGCAAAGUACACAGAGCGGAGAGAGAGGGUGUACACGUGCCUGCGGAUCCCCAGAGAGCUGGAAAAGCUGAUGAUAUUCGGGUUCUUCCUGUGCCUGGAUGCCUUCCUGUACGUGUUUACCCUGCUCCCGCUGCGGGUCCUGCUGGCCCUGGUCAGACUCCUCACACUGCCCUGCUGCGGACUCAGGGCAAAUAUAUGCCCGUACUGCAAAAAGAGCAGCGGCUCACGCCUCCUGCAGCCCGCCCAGGUGUGUGACCUGCUGAAGGGCUUCAUCAUGAUCAUCUGUUACUCCAUGAUGCACUACGUGGAUUACUCCAUGAUGUACCACCUGAUCCGGGGUCAGUCUGUCAUCAAGCUCUACAUCAUCUACAACAUGCUGGAGGUGGCAGACCGGCUGUUCUCGUCCUUCGGGCAGGACAUCCUGGAUGCUCUGUACUGGACCGCCACAGAGCCCAAGGAGAAGAAGCGAGCGCACAUAGGAGUCAUACCUCACUUCCUGAUGGCUGUGCUCUACGUCUUUCUCCAUGCCAUCCUCAUCAUGGUUCAAGCGACAACGCUCAACGUGGCCUUCAACUCCCACAACAAGUCACUGCUCACAAUCAUGAUGUCAAACAACUUUGUGGAGAUCAAAGGAAGUGUGUUCAAGAAAUUUGAGAAGAAUAAUCUGUUUCAGAUGUCUAACAGCGAUAUCAAAGAAAGAUUCACGAACUACGUACUGCUACUCAUAGUCUGUCUUAGGAACAUGGAGCAGUUUUCAUGGAACCCAGAUCACCUGUGGGUCCUGUUUCCUGACGUCUGCAUGGUGAUCGCCUCAGAGAUCGCCGUCGACAUCGUCAAACACGCUUUCAUCACGAAAUUCAACGACAUCACAGCAGAUGUAUACAGCGAGUACAGAGCCAGCCUUGCGUUUGACCUCGUGAGCAGUCGGCAAAAAAACGCGUACACAGACUACAGUGAUUCAGUCUCAAGGAGAAUGGGGUUUAUUCCUCUUCCUCUCGCUUUAUUGCUGAUCCGAGUGGUGACCAGCUCUGUGAAAAUCCAGGGGUCCCUCUCCUUAGUGUGUGUGCUUCUGUUCUACCUGGGAAUGAUAACGCUGAAAGUCUUGAACAGCAUAGUCUUGCUGGGAAAGUCGUGUUUAUAUGUCAAAGAGGCCAACAUGGAAGAAAAGUUGUUUCAGACUCCCCCGACAGCAGCCCCUGGGAGAGCCUCCAGCAAGUCCAACAGGAGCAAAUUCACAGCCCCUCCAGGGCCCGGGGGCCUUGUCUCCCCACUGCUUCCCACCACAGACCCGUCUGCAGCUGCCAAACCCAAACCCUCCUCCCUGCUCUCCCCACCCCAAGCUGGCCUCCUGUUCCCCCAAACCCCAGGCAACCCUGAGAACGAGGGCGUUUCCACAUCCAUAACCAGCCAGCCAGUGCACCAGGAUGCCAGCCCGGCCCCUGUCCUUCCCACCAGCAACUCCGACCAGUUCCUGACCACGCCCGACGAGACGGAGGAGAAAGACAUAACGCAGGACGGGUCCGAGCUGAAGCACAGGACCCCAAAAAAGGACCUGCUGGAGAUAGACCGCUUCACAAUAUGCGGGAACCGCAUCGACUGACCCCGCCCCUCCCCCCGCCCCUCCCGCUCUUUACCCAUGUGACACUGCUGAGGACGGCGCAUGACACGGCCGUGCGCCACAAAAUGCCAAGAACGUUUUCCUCGCCAAAGAGAGUGGCAACAGAGUAUUUAUUGAAAUGCACAACCGUAAUUUAUUUUUGACUGGAAGAAUGAAAUGUAGUUUUUUUUUUUUUUUUUUUUUAAAGAAACCCCUUCCCUACCUUUCCCCUGUUUUCCACAGCUCCCCUAACUGGGUAUCCACUGAGAGGGCUUGGCUGAAGAGCCCUGCACCCUUCCCCCAAACUGAGCAUGGUGAUUAUUCGAAGGACAGCCACCCUAACAGAGAGAGCAAGUCACCUCACUUUUCAGCAGCAUUUCCUGUACAGAGGUCUUCAACGCAAAGGAUGUGCCUGGAACACUUCAGACAACUGACUAGCAGCUCUUUUUAUCCAAGUGAAAAGGACACUUAUUGGAGAUACAGCGUAUGUAUACAUUACGUAAACCACCCUCACCCCAGCCCCGCUCCGGCCCCGUCCCACCUGGUUUUACAAUGCAUCAAAAUCAUAACCGUCUCAAAGACUGCUCAUGAUUUCAGUUUUCCCGUUCCAGACUUGCCAAUGCAAAUUCUUAUCACAUGAAUUGUAAUGAGGUGUCUUUUUGUUUUUUUGACCUUUUUAAGAACGCCAGACAGUAUGAAUGCGGAGAUUAAUGAUUGUGCUGUAAUCGUGAGUUUGAUGCAAAUGUCGUCUGGAUAAAAAAAAAAGAACACAUGUUGGCAAUUCUCAAAGGUUUUGAAGAUUUUCUUUUAGGCUCAGAACUGGAAGAACACAAAGUGACAUUUUAACAGUGAACACAAUACUUUUGUAAGUCAUCACAUUGUAGGCUAAGAUUUACCCUGCAAUUACCUAGUGGUCAUGUGUAUUGUCUGGUACAGUCCAUAUUCCUCAUAAAGCACUGUACAGAGUCAAGGAGACAUGUUACUCAUAUGUGUGAGUGUAUUUCACAACAUGCAUAGGCUUUUUUGGGAUAGGCUACAUUGUCAGGUGUGUAUUUGCUGUAGUUCCGAUGUUGGACUAGCUUGAGUUCUGCUUGGGAUUUUUUUGCACUGAAGUACCAUACUGUCUUAAGCUUCACGAUCUGCAGCAGGUCCAUGUUUCACACCCAGCACUGAUCUCCGUGGUGUUUUACUCUUUGUAUCACAACCCCGAACAAAGCUUUGUGGGUGUACAAAAAGAAGAGAAACUCUCACAGGACUGUUUUCAUUAUGGGGUAGUAUGAAUAUGCUUAUUCAUUCAUCAAUUUAUCACCAUAGGAAUUGCUGACAAGCUUUUAAGAAAGCUACCUGCUUGUGUGAAGGUGUUUGGUACUCAUUUAAAAGUGUUUGCCCUGGGCAACGUUUUGGAAUAUAUUUGCAGAAUAAGUGCAUUUUUUUUUUAGAGUGCAGGACUUCUUGUUCAGUUGUGACAUUUGAAAUGACCCUUUUUUCCCCCUAAACGCUGCCAUUCAGAAUCAUGACAAAAGAAGACGCAUCUGGGUGCUGCAGUCUUUCCCUCACAGAUGAAGCUCCAGCAAAACUAGUGGCCAACAUUUAAAAAAGACCAAAAAAGGAAUUUUAUUUUGCCGGCAGUGAAAGAGUGUGACACAAGACUGCUUUUGGUUUGUAAAGUUAUCAGUUAUCAGCUUUCAGAAGGCUAUAUACAAUUUUUGUACCAGCAUUAAUCACAUUUACACUUACAGAAAGAUUUGCCUUUAUUACACAUUAAUCAUGAAAUAAUAAAGAUACUUCUGUUUGGAGAGCUUAAACAUAGCAUUUUAGCAGUUGGAUGGUACUCUAUGUCUGACAGCAUUUUUUUUUUUUUUUUGCAUGGAACAAUUUUGAACACUUCAGAGGUAUCCUUGUCAUGUGUUGUUUAGCAAUAUCAGCCAUGGUUUCAGUAAUUUAAUUUUUCAUGUACAAAAAACAUCUGUACCUUUGUAAGAUGUGCAUCACAUUUGGG